AUGACGAUGGGACUGGCUGGUGAGGGAGAUGAAUGGUUUGUUUCUUUCGUGUACUUCUCGAGACAGAUCGGUGAGAGAUUUGUGGAUAUGUGCCGGUUUGGUAAUUCCCUGAAGAUUAAUGGAAUCAAAAGCUGCUUUAGCAGACAUGCUACUGUCUACAAAGAGCUGGAUGAUCUUGUCCUUGAAAUCUUUAACGCUGAAGGUUUGGGUAGCGUGCGUGUAGAGAUGAUGAAAGAACUAUUGACUGUGAUCAGUUUCGAGACACUCUCAGCAGGAUCAAACUUCACUGAGGAAAGGGUGAUGGUGCUUCAUUUUACCCAUAAUGAAUCGUUAUUCGUCUUCUUGUUUUGCGAUGUAUGCGAGAUCUGCUUCCACUUGCUUCCAUCUGGUGCUGUAAAGGCUGAAGUGCCUCCGGGAUACUACGUGUUUGGGUGGCCGAUAAUUUACCCGGCCUAA